AGGACCGGAAUUGACCUGCAGGGCUAGUCAGGUCCCUAUGGCUGCAGUAUAUACGUGCAUACUUGUUUUUAUUUCGUGAAUCCGCUCAUCUUUCCGAGACUCUGGACCUCCUGCAGGCUUCUCUUCAUCCAGUAACCAGAUGUGAUGGAGUUUUCAGGUCCUUCCAUAGAGGAACAUCCCAAAUGCCUGGGCAGGGUAGGCAUCAUGGCUGCCAGCCUCACGGGAUUGCUCCUGCUUCAGGCAGUGGCAUGGGCAUCAGGUGCCUACCCCUGUGUCCCUAAAAGCUUUGGCUACAGCUCAGUGGUCUGUGUCUGCAAUGCUACGUACUGCGACUCUCUUGAUCCCUUGACCCUCCCAGCCUUGGGGACCUUCAGCCGCUAUGAGAGUACGCGCAGUGGACGUCGGAUGGAGCUGAGUGUGGGUGACUUCCAGGCCAACCGCACCGGCACAGGGCUUCUAUUGACCCUGCAGCCAGAAGAGAAGUUCCAGAAAGUGAAAGGAUUUGGAGGGGCCAUGACAGAUGCUGCUGCUCUCAAUAUCCUCGCCCUGUCACCCCCUGCCCAGAAUUUGCUACUGAAAUCAUACUUCUCUAAAGAAGGGAUUGAAUAUAACAUCAUCCGGGUACCCAUGGCUAGCUGUGACUUCUCCAUCCGCACCUAUACCUAUGAUGACACCCCUGAUGACUUCCAGUUGCACAAUUUCAGCCUCACAGAAGAAGAUACCAAGCUCAAGAUACCCUUGAUUCACCGAGCCCUGCAAAUGUCCCAGCGUCCUGUCUCACUCUUCGCCAGUCCCUGGACAUCACCCACUUGGCUCAAGACCAAUGGGGCAGUGAAUGGGAAGGGGACACUCAAGGGGACGCCAGGGGACAUCUACCACCAGACCUGGGCCAAGUACUUUGUCAAGUUCCUGGAUGCCUAUGCUGAGCACAAGUUAAAGUUCUGGGCAGUGACAGUUGAGAAUGAGCCUUCUGCAGGGCUGAUGAGUGGUUACCCCUUCCAGUGUCUGGGCUUCACCCCUGAACACCAGCGAGAUUUCAUUGCCCGUGACCUGGGUCCAACCCUUGCUAACAGUACUCAUCGUGACAUCCAGCUGAUCAUGCUGGAUGACAACCGAUUGCUGCUGCCUCACUGGGCACAGGUGGUGCUGACAGACCAACAAGCAGCUAAGUAUGUCAGCGGGAUUGCUGUGCACUGGUACCUGGACUUCCUGGCGCCAGCAAAAGCUACUCUGGGAGCAACGCACCGCUUGUUCCCUGACACCAUGCUCUUCGCCUCAGAGGCCUGUGUGGGCUCCAAGUUCUGGGAGCAGAGCGUGCGACUGGGCUCCUGGGAUCGCGGGAUGCAGUACAGCAACAGCAUCAUCACGAACCUCCUCUAUCACGUGGUUGGCUGGACUGACUGGAACCUCGCCCUGAACCCUGAGGGGGGACCUAACUGGGUCCGCAACUUUGUUGACAGCCCCAUCAUUGUAGAUAUUGCCAAGGACACGUUUUACAAACAGCCCAUGUUCUAUCACCUUGGCCACUUCAGCAAGUUCAUUCCUGAGGGGUCGCAGCGAGUGGGGCUGGUGGCCAGUGAGGAGAACGACUUGGAGGCCGUGGCACUACUGCAUCCUGACGGCUCUGCAGUUGUGGUUGUGCUGAACCGCUCCUCUAGAGAUGUGCGUCUCAGCAUUAAGGACCCUGCCAUUGGCUUCCUAGAGACCAUCUCCCCUGGCUACUCCAUUCACACCUACCUGUGGCGUCGACAGUGAUGGAACAGAUACCCAAGCAGGCACCUGGGCCUGGCAUGGGUGCUAAAGAGACACAGUCAGCUCAUAUGCUGAGUAAAGGAAGUGGCUAAGAGGGUACAGCAGGGCCAGGGUGGGCUCACAGUGACACAAGCCCAGGGGCAGUGAUUGGGUGACUCACUCUCCUCUUUACUGGGUGCCAGGGGCUGGAAGCCCCUAGGGAAAGAUUAGGAAACCCCGGUAUCUCCGACCCCAUGCUUGUGUAGGAGUGUGCUGUGUGCUGGUUGCCUGUGGAAACUGGGCUCAGGCCCAGGGUGAGCUCACUGUCUGUACAAACACAAGACUGGGGUGGGGGGAGGAAAGAAGAGAUUAAGAAAGCUGGACCCAAAAAUGGGGACUGUUUGUCUUUCCUGAAGAUGCAGAACUGGGCCCAUGCAGAAGCAGUGUCAGCAUCAAGGCAGAAACAGCCACAGAAGCCAAGGCCACUGCGUAUGCUCAGGCACCCAAAUGCUCCUGUGCUACUGGCUGGGAAAUGUCAGUCCCUUAAAACAGAAUGUUUGGCCUGA